CGUGCGCUUUCCGGCUAGUCAGUGAGUGAGGGACUGAACCUGGAUCUCUCUGUUUGCCCGCAGUGGUUAAAUUUUAGCAAGCUUACUGGAACUGCGAGACCUGGACUAUGUCUCCUCCUUCUGUCUUGUCGCUGCUGUAUUUCUGCCUAGCCUCCCUUGCUAAGUGGAUUUGGACAGAGCCCCUAUUGUUCCCAGCCCACUCCUGCCUAAUAUGGCAUUCCCGAGGAAAGCCCCAGUUUCCUGAAACGAGCGACUAGAAGCCGGCAAAUGGCGAAGGCUGGUCUCGACAGAGUGACGGACAAAAUGUGAAAAUCAGCGUUUCGCCGUCGGAUAUGGAGACUGUUGAGACUGUGGAGACUGUAGAGACAGUGACGGGAUGAAAGCUGGCGGAUUGAGUGCACAUUCACGCGGAUCCGCGGCUGCAGGCGGGUUGUUUUGGAAGCGCGAGGCAAAACAGUGCGGCUCACCGACCUGACGGAUUAGCGCGAGGCGUGAGUAGUCGUCCUGAGGGUUUGGACUGGUUUAAAUAAGGCCCUGUGCGUCUUGGUAACAAACCACAGAAGGACAGGGAUUCAAGUAUUCGGUGUUUUAUAAGGGAAUAGAGAGGCAGAGGAGCAGGAUUCGACUAUCAUGCCUGGCCGUAGUUCCAGAGGUAAGCAGCGUGCCGGGGCUGAGGACGGAGCGGAUAGCGGAGAGCGCUUUACUUCUGUUAAAAAGAUGCUGAAAUGUGUGGUGGUCGGAGACGGAGCGGUUGGUAAGACCUGCUUACUCAUGAGCUACGCCAAUGACGCUUUCCCUGAGGAAUAUGUACCGACUGUGUUCGACCACUACGCAGUAAAUGUUACAGUAUCUGGCAGACAGCACUUGUUGGGGUUGUACGAUACAGCUGGGCAGGAAGACUACAACCAGCUGCGGCCCCUUUCCUACCCCAACACUGACGUGUUCCUAAUCUGCUUCUCCGUGGUGAACCCGGCCUCAUAUUACAAUGUGCAGGAGGAGUGGGUUCCCGAGCUCAAGUCCUGCAUGCCUCAUGUGCCAUACAUCCUCAUAGGCACACAGAUUGACUUGCGAGACGAUCCAAAGACACUGGCCCGUUUGCUUCAAAUGAAGGAGAAACCACUGACAUACGAGCAAGGCCUCAAGCUGGCCAGAGAGAUUGGUGCGCAGUGCUACCUCGAGUGUUCAGCGCUGACCCAGAAGGGACUAAAGACAGUGUUUGACGAGGCCAUCCUGACAAUCUUCAGCCCCAAGAAACAGAAGAAGUGCUGUAUAUCAUGUAGGAGCUGCUGUACUAUUGCAUGAUCACAGCACCAUGAGGCAUAUCACCCAGUGAACAUCAGCAAACAUCCCGAAACCAGUCUAUUUAAGGCAGGAAUGAGACACAGCCAAGUUCCUUCAGUACCCAAAGAGGGGAAAUGAGACACAGCCGAGGGCUUUCAGCACCUCCAGCUCUGUGUGUAUUCUGCAUCACCACUAUUGUCAUGAAAAUGAGAAAAUCACACUACAGUUCCGUAUUAAUCAUAUUCUGUCCUCCAGGUUUGAGGCUUUUCAGCUGUUUUCUCUGUUCGGUCAUUUCCUGGACUCGCACAUACACUGACACUAAAAAAACAAGCCAUGCUUCACUGAAUUGGAGUGGAUACAAAUGAAAGCAACAUGUAGAUCUGCUCUGCUUACAUUUAACUCCUAAGGUGCAGACUGUGUGAUAAAGGAGUUUCCCUUUGGGAUAUGGAAACUCAAAACUCUCUAUAUAGAUGACUAUAUUGGUCUUUCUUUAAGCUCAAUACAAGUGCCUCAAUCAACCGCAAGUCCUUCUUUUUGUGCUCACGCCAAAGACCGUUUGCUUCCUCACCUUAAGCUUUAGUCACGGAUGCAGGUCUCGGAAUUGCCACAGAGCAAUUUCCCCAAUUAACAGUGUAACAAAAAAAAGUCUUGUUUUCCAACCAUGAGUUAUUUGAAGGUUCGUACAUCAUAAGCUUUUCAAAGGUCCGUGAAUCAAACGUUGAAAAAUCUAUUGUCCGGUAAAGGCUGAUUUCCUUGCUUUUGCCUCAGAUCAAUAACAUGCUCUUUUCUGCAGCCGUGGUCUGAGAUAGUUAAUAAGGGAAAUUCUCAGGAGGCUGGCCAAAUCAUCAAAAGGGAGCGCAGAUACAGAACAGGAAUGGUAGAAAUGGGGAUACAACACGGUUUGGUUUCCAAGAGGGCCGUUUAAAACGAAUAUUUCAAUCAACACUUAAACCCAAUGGUGCUACGCAGUAAAUUGCUCACCCUCCUAAAACACAAUUACGCAAUUGAAAUGUUCUCAUACACAAGUAUCUCUCUAUAGGCUUCCAUGAGAGAAUCUUUCAGAAACUACUCUUUCCGUAGCAGAUGUGCCAAUGUCUACAGCUUAACCAUAGCAUUUUGUUUUAUUGCAAUGGAAGUACAGGAGCCACCUGAAUACCAUGCUGUUUUUGUGCCUAUUUCUCUCUAAUCCCCACCCACUCGCUAACUUUCCCAAGAAACCGUGGAGGAUGAAGCUAACAUGCUUCGUUUGAGAGACGUGAAAACUAACCUCCACAUAACAUAACAUAGGAGGAAAGUGCCGUCUGCGCUGUUCUGCAUACAUGCCCUCACAGACGCCCUCUGUUGGCUAAUGUCACUGUGACGGACACGGGACAGACAGUAAUGCCCAUACUUCCCACCCAGAAAGCACGGACAAUUAUUCCUGCUUACGGAUGGCUGUGGCAUCAUCAGGAUUUGAUCUCACCUUUUGAUCUGUGAAUUCAUGAGCAUCUGUGAAGAAAGUGAGACUGUGGUUUACGGUUGGUUAAAUAAAUUAUAGGAGGUGCUUAUUAUUAACGUAGUGGACACACAGAUUUUUGCUUCGCUGUUUUCUUGGCACACAUUUUUAUAAAAAGAGCAGCCACCUCAUCCACCGAGCUUUUUUUUGAUCCAAUGGAAUUGCUUCUCUCGGCCUGCUUGGAUUUUCUUGUUGGCACUUCUGCAAUAGCGGUGCUAUGAAAAUCCUCAGGGCAGAGGAAGCAGAUGCUUUUAUUGUCUGCACUUUACAAUUGUACAUACGUCAACACAUACAAGACACAAGAUGUUACCAAAAGUCCACUCUGUUGUAAUCUCCAACAGCAGUCCUAUCCUGUUUUACUGCUCCCUUCUGCCAAAUCCAUCUCCUCAUUUGACCUUAACUUGAAGUUCAGACACGUUCUCACAUUCACUUAUAGCUUUCCAGCAUCUGAAAUGACACCAAACACACAUCUGUACUCAGUGCUGUUUAAAUGCACACCUGCACUGGCAAUAAAAUUCCAAUUGCCUUGUUGUACAGUGGUUGCUGUUAAGUGGCACCUCAGGGACUUCUGGAUUGAGCCACCUCCUUGUGAAGAUGAGGAGAGAGGCCCCGUACACACAGGAAGAAUGAGCCUGAAUCCACAUGCCUUCCAUGUAGCAGAGUUAGUUUCUUUUCUUCUGUACAGACACUGUGCCUUACAUCAUCCUAUGCAACAAAUUGUAUACUGUAAUCAUACACAGAAGACCAGCAUUAGCCCUGGCAACAUUAAUUAUAACUUUAUCUGUGUUCUUGUAUCCCUUUUUUAUUUGGAACGUGGUGAGAAGUUCCUUUUUAUUUGUAUAUGUAUUGGUUUGUACAUCACACAUUAAGACAGCAGUUUUAGUUACUACAUCACUCUAUCUGAUAACUCUGAAACUUAGUGUAUAACUGCUUUUCUUCUCAAAUAUAUUUUAUAGCUUGUCCAGAUCAGGUGUGAUUAAAACUUGAGAACAAACUUUCUUUAAGAUGCCUUUUACAUAAUUCUUUUCAGCAGAUUAUACGGCGCCAUGCUGAUAGUAUAUAAUCGUAACAUGCUAUGACAAUUUAGACAUCAUCCAUGAGACACUAAGACUUGUAAUCACGCACAGUAGUUUAUCACUGUUAUGACAUAGUUGUGCUGUAGCAAGGAGCUGUAAAUGUUUAAUUUAGAUUCCAUGAUUGGAGUGCCACCUAGCCCUUGUCGAUUUAAGUUUUCAAACCAUUCAAACAUGGGUUAACCCAUCUCUGGCAAAAAUAAUGUUUUUUGUUUGUGUGUUUUUGUGAAAUGCAUGCUCAACCGGGUUAAGGUCUGGUGAUUGAUGCGGCCAAAUCGAAAACCUUCUACUUUUUUUUUUAUCUCUGAUAAAGUCCUUUGUUGAGACGGCAGUGUUUCCGGUCAUUGUCCGGCUGCAUGAAGUUAGAUCGGAUGCAUUUCUCUGUAAAUCGGAAGACAAUGUUUCUGUAGACUUCUGAAUUCAUUCUGCUGUCUACCAUCAUGAAAUACAUCAUCAUGAAAGAUUAGUGAACCAAUUCUAGUAGCAGCCAUGCAAGCCCAAGCCACGACACUACCUCCACCAUGUUUCACAGAUGAGCUUGUAUGUUUUGGAUCACAAGCGGAUCCUUUCUUUCUCCACACUCUGGCCUUUCCAUCACUUUGGUAGAGGUUAAUAUUUGUUCCAGAACCCACCACCAGCAAAAAAAAUAGUGGUGGUGUCAAUUUUUUCGAGGUUUUUUUUUUUAAACAAGGUUUCUUUACUAACAAUGGCUGCAUUUUGCAUUUCAGUGGUUGAAGAGGAUUAAGGGUUUUAUUUAUUUUUUAGCAUAUAAUUCAAAUGCAAAAAAUGUGUAAACUAGCAUCUGUGAUAAUAGCAUGAAGACAUUGUAAUGAUUAGCUUUUUUUCUGUUUUUUUUACAUUUAUAAUCAACAAUUUAGGUAAAAGGAUUGUACUAUCAAAAAUUACAUUUAUUGAAAAUAAAGCAAGAAAAUGA